AUGGCGUCUGUUCAGCAAAUUGUGAUGCACCCAUACGUGUCCCAGCUCCUGAAAUUCUGGAGCACUACCGUGGGCCGCGACAAGUCUGCGCGUACCGUCCAGUACCUGUCUCGCUUCCUCGCAUGGUACUACAUGACGGUUGGCGCGCCGAAAGAGUCGGUCGCGCGCUUCUCCUCGAUCAAGUCGAACAUCGGCCUGAGUCGUAAGCUCUUCCGUAUCGGCAAGUUCCUGGAGCACUUCCAGGCCGCGCUCAAAGCCACGAGCAUUUCCGACGCAGUUGUGCGCUUCACCGCCAUUGGGCGCCAGCUCGGCUACGCCAUGUACCUUAUCCUCGAUGCACUGCAAUGGGCCCACGGCGCCAAGGCGGUUCAGUUCUCCAAGGAGACGUACGAACGGAUCAGCAAGAACGCCGCGCGCUUCUGGCUUACCGGUCUCACAUUCUCGCUUAUCAGCGGUGUGUACAAGUCGUACAACCUUGCGCAGCGCGCCAAGUGGUGCCAGCGCCCGCGCGCGACGCCCGAAAAAGAGGCUGAGCGCCGCGUUGAGCUGCACCAGAUUGCCGCAGACACCAAGGCUGUGCGCCUUCAAAUGUUCCAGGACUGCUGCGACUGGGUCAACCCCGGCACAUCCACGGGCUGGAUCAAUGCGAACGACGGUAUCAUUGGCAUUGCCGGCACUAUCAGCUCUUCGCUGGGCGCGCGUAGCCAGUGGAUCAAGGUGAAUGGCUCGCCGAAAAAGUAG